AUGCUAAAAGAUGUGGAGACCCGCCGAGGAAGAAGAGGAAGCAACCUCAGCAGCUGGGUGAGGAAUGACGGGGAAGUACCGGUCGGUGAGAGCAGCGUCCGCCGAGCUGAAGAAGAUGACGGGACGGAAAGCAGAGAGGUCCACGAGUGUGUGUGGGGGGCAGGUGACGCCACGGUGACAGUCCCUCGGGAGCUCUGGUCCACACAUCACGAGCCGACGAAGAAAAAGCUGGUCCUGCAUGUUGACCUAAACAACACCAUCCUGGUGUCGGACGCCGUGACAUGUCAGGGGACGGUGGCUGCUCUGGACUACUUUCUAACCACGGUCACCUGGGGGAAGAAGGGCAAACACGGAACGUGGGAAUGGUUGAGUGACUCACCCUCUCUGCUCCCACCCCGCAGUGAUGCUGUAAGCCACUACUCCCAGUUUGGACGGAUUCCUGGUUUCACCUCUGGCGCUGGGCGUCGUUUCCGUAAGGUUCUGGACGAGCAUCUGAACCUGCUCUGCUGGCCUGAGGGUGUAAAGGGAGACAAAGAGCUGUCUGUAAAAGGAGAAGACGGACGCCUGUACCACUGGAUCCUCCCCUCCUUCUUCCAGCUGCUCAGAGACCUUUCACAGGAAGGUCGGGAGUUUGCCGUCCUCUUCCGUACGUUUGGAACCGACCUACCUCGUGUGCUGAGAGCCGUGUCCCAAGCACUCGACGGGGCACAUCCGCUGUUCCCUGAUCUGCCUCAGCUAAAGUUGAGCGUGGAUAUGACUCCAGGCAAGAUCCGCUGCAGCAAGAGGGGAAUCGUCCUGAAUCGAGCCGAGAAGCGUGUGUCCUCUCGCGAUGGGGAGCGAGGCCUGUACGAGUACUUCAGCUCUGUGCAGGGUCUGGGAGGAUUUCAGGACCACUUUGACUGGUGGGCUGCUAAUACCUUCUCCAUCCGUGGGGGGAAGCCAAUGUGGGUCGACCCCUUUGAUGAGCAUGUACAGCACAUCUUUAUAGAUGACAAUAUACGACAGAAUGACGAGGAUACUAUCGUUAAUCCAAAGGUUUUCUUGGACCCAGGUGGCUCUGACACUCGCACAGCCUGCACCUCUGAGCUCUAUGAUAUCACCUUGAUCCAAACGGACCUCCUCCAGGCCAUUUCUGACCCCAGCUACUUCACCCGGCGUGUGCACAUCUGUCUGGAAAACUAUGAGAAGAAUGUCCAGCAGGGGGCAGGCUAAAACACACUUCAAACUUUGUGUGCUUCCUGUAUGUCUGUUUGUCUAUGAGACAACUUUCAGUCUAUACAGGGGAUGCAGACACAAUAGCAUUUAGGCAGGACUGUUAAACACAAAGUUAGAAGACUUGCUGAGAGUUCAUCUAAACACAAAUUUAAGACAAUUACAUAAGGAAGCAGGUUACAUGAACAGGAGGGGUCAUAGUUGUUACCUGAAGAUAAAAUAUUCUUCCAGGAGGACACAGUAAAUGAUAUAAGUGGCAGCUAGAUAAGCAGGACUGUAAUUCAUCUUAUGGUUUAAAUACCAUGUAUACUUAAUAAAAAGAAUAACUGACCAUAAAAGGAGCACUUCAGUUAGAUUGCACUGUCUGCCAUCCUAAAGUGAACUGCCACCCAGUCAAAAGCGUUUUUGACCCAGUUGAGCGCUAAAUUGGCCGGGCUGCGCUCUUUAAUUGCACCGAAGGCUCUGUGACUAAUCACUCCAGGAUAUAAUUGGCCAAACUCUCUGAAUUUGGAGGCAGAGAGAAUGAUUGGGGUCAGAUAUGGAGAAAAAGCUCCUCAGUUGUUGUGGUUAUUGUGGGCUUUGCUUCAGCUCCUUUUAUUUCUUGAAUUCGCUCAUUGGGACAUUGUUUACAUCCACGCAGAACCCAGUGGUAAUACUUGAAUAUUUUCAGAUGAAUACUCAGUAUGUGUUACUUAUAAAUGCACUACAGUCGUGAACUGACUCUUUAUGAUAGAUGGCUCAAAAUUUGAGCUUUAAUGUGGUUUAAUAUGACCAUCUUGCUAGCACGAAUCCCCAUAUUAGAUUUGGAGCAGUUCAUAUGUUCCUGAUGUGAUCCGAUGAUCUAUGAAGCGUUCAUUACCGCAGCCAGAUGUAAAAAGUAACAUGUUCUUAGUGACGGGUUAUUAGGGUUUGGGGAUUGUUUGCACUGAGUUAUUUUCUGCAGCUUUUGUUUAAAGGCACCCUUUUGAGAAUUAUAAAAUAAAUCAAAUUUGGGUUGAAGUUCAUGGAAAAUUUUGCUUUGAGGGUUUUAGAAUAUAUUUAUUACUGAGCUUCCAGGGAAUUUUAACGGCUUUGUUUUUCUCAGGUCAGUUGUAAAGAGGCAGCCAAAUAAAUGCAGUAUAAGUAAUAUUUUUUUAGUAUAUUUUUAGCCAAGAGUUCCCUGCAAAUUAAUAUACUUAUAAGAAAAGUUUGGAGAGAAAGUUUUGUUUGUGGUGAUAAGCUUACAGUAGAGCCCGACUGAUAUUGAACUUUUGCGGCGGAGGCUGAAAUUGAUUUUAAGGAAGUUAAAGGAAAAAAAUAUAUCAGUAAAUAUUCUUUAAUAUUCUUGUAAUGUUAAAAACAUGUACAGUGAUGUAUGUUGAAUAUGCCACUAUCGGCCUAUAAUAUCAGCUGACUUCCCUCAGGGCUCUAAAUCAGUGUUUCACAGUGGCUUCAGGCACCUAAACAGCCUGUAUACUCACUCAGUAUGACUCAAAACCUAUAAGAAGUCAGACAGUAACUACUGAACUGUGUCCAGUUCUUUGAACAUUAUUUAAGAUGUUUUUAUUUGAAAUAAUAAUUUUAUUAUUGAGCAUUGGAUUCCAUCCAAAUGUAGAGCUCAUUUUCAGUUUAUUUGGAGAAAAUCAAAAAAUGAAAAGCCAAAAGAAUGAUUGCAUUUUUUUUUUUAAAUAUUAUAAGUUGGUUUGUUUAUAAGCAUUAAACCAUUUUAGGAGACAUUUUGCUUCAAAUGUGAUGAAAAUUGGGAGUUUUUUUCCCCAUGUGUUACUUUGGGGAAGGCGACGUUACCUCACAGCGCUACACGCCUCACAUCAUUUCUGAUGUGUGCGGCGCUGCCGCUCUUAUGUUAUGUUUCACGUGCUUCAUCUGUCUUUAAGCAUGUUUCUACUGAACACUAAUUUGUGUCUCUAUUACUGUUUUAUGUGCUAAUCAAAAUAUGCUUAAAGACUCUUUAACCUCAGUAAAUUAUACAUUCAUACAAAGCAAAGUGAUGAUUCACUUUAAUCAGAACCCUGAACCUUUCUAUAACUAAUGUAAGUUUGAAACGCUGGAUGUGUGAAAAUCCAGGAAAAAUGCAAACAAAUACUGCAUUGAUUCACUGUUUGAAUGUUUUGUAAUGUGCUAAUAUUUCUGCAUUAAAGCUAAACCAACACAGCAGUGAAACACUGUGUACUGAAGUGACAUCUCCAGGAUAUGGCUGUGGUUCAAUGAGAUUUGAUUUGAAUGCACAUUUAAUGAAAUUUUAAUUUAAAAAAAAAUUUUUUUUUUUUUAAUAAACAGAAAUUGUUUUUCUGCUCAUUUUUCUGAUGUC